UUUCGGCAUUAUCAUUCGACCAUAUUGUAAAUGUUGUCGGCAAUUAAUGGUAUAAACGAAACUUAAAUAUCAGACACGAAGAGUUCUUUUGUGUUUACAUCACUUUUACUCCGAAGGAUCGCUAAGGAAUUGAAUUUCGUUGGAUAACCGGAAAAUACGAUGAAUGAAAGCUUUUCUGCGUAUCAUGGUGAUGUUGCACUGUGACACUACCGAUGUACCGUGAACGAUUUGAUUUUCUAUUGAUAUUCACUCUAUCCGCCAAUAUGCUUUAUUUAAACGAACGUCUUACUGAAAUUACAUAUCGACAUAUGACACACGAAUCGAUUGAGAAUUGACAACGACUCUAGUAGAAAAUAAUUUAAUUUUCAAUAAUGACGGCACAAUGAUUAAAAGAAUAUAACACUUAUUUCUUAUGCCUUGUUUCCAACUAUAUCUCAAUAGUAAAGUUCUUCGUAACCAUUAGAUAUGUUAUUCGAAAAAUUGGAUGAUCGUUUUGUUUGGCAAUUGAAACGAAUGAAUCAGAAUUGAAAGAUCAAAGAAUAUUGUACAUUGUAUAGAAGACGUUGAAAAUUUCUUUUGAUUACUCUUUUGAUGGAUUCUUUUGAGUUGCGAAGUUGAUUAAAAAAACGAGGUACAAAAAAAUGCAGAAAAGUAAAAAUUACUCAGAAUCUUUUGUAUUUGAAGUUUCAUAAUUACUAUCAAUGUGGAUCAAUGUCUAGGUACUUCAAGGUAGUGAUACGUCAGACUAAAUUUGGAGGUCGAUGCUCGAAAUCUGUAUGACGCAUCGUCAUCGUCAAUGCCUGUACUUUCACAUGACUUCCUUUCAGGGCAUCAUAUUUUUUUCUUAACAUUAUACUACGCAAAGAUAUGAUGUCUCAUCCAUCUUCUUUUCACUCAAUCUUUUUACUUUCACUAAUAUUCAAGUAAAAUUAAAAAAUAAUAAGGUUACAUUAAACUCCUCGUUACGAGUAAUUAUCUUUAAUAUCGCAAAUGAGCAUUCAUUAUAAUUAUUUACUUGACGACUAUUAUGAUUGAAAAAAUUCAGAUAUAAAAUUGUUCGUAUCUAUGGCAUUUAUUGAAAAACUUGCAUGUGAUAUUGUGUUAAAAUUCCGGUUAUCAAUGAGAUUUUAAAUCGACUAUGUUUCAAUUUUACCAUAUGUAUUCACUUUCACCUUCACUUCACUGGCCAACGGCCUCUUAUAAGGAAAAUUGAUUUUUCAAGCAACAACGACAUAAACUACAAAAUUUAAAGCAACAUCACGCUCCGUUGCAAUAAUCCAUAGCGUGAGCCACUUUGGAACUGGAAGACAGGAAGACGCCCUUAUCAGUCGACGCUAUUUAUUCUGAUUCUCAUCGAAUACAUCUAAAUAAUAAAAAGAUUUUUUUGUACGACGCGUGACACGUUCCUAUUGAUUUUACAUUUCCGUGCAGUUCCGGCACUCUGACAACGACGGAUAAUUCGGAAUCCUGAAUAAAGAUCUGUCAAAUCUUAACAACAGCAGAAUGAAUCACUUUUCGUAUGGAUGGAAACCUGAAGUGGUCGAACCAGAAUUUAUACAACAAGUAGCGUCGAAAGCGGAAUUAGGAGAAAAGGGUUCUGGCUUCAGACCCCGAGCAGCGGUUCAAGAUUUUAGCAAACUUAAGCAAGAAUGUUUGGCUACGGGGACACUUUUCGAGGAUCCCGAAUUUCCAGCGGAUGAUUCAUCGUUAUAUUUCUCGAAAAGGCCAGACAGAUAUAUAGAAUGGAAACGACCAAUGGAAAUCGCGGACAACCCUCAACUGUUCGUCGAGGGUUUUUCCAGAUUCGACGUUCAGCAAGGCGAAUUAGGAGAUUGUUGGCUGCUGGCAGCAGUCGCAAAUCUCACGAUGGAUGCCAAUUUGUUUUUCCAAGUAGUCCCAGAAGACCAGAGUUUCGAAGAAAACUACGCCGGUAUAUUUCAUUUCAGAUUCUGGCAGUACGGUAGAUGGGUAGACGUGGUGAUUGACGACAGAUUACCGACCUACCGCGGCGAAUUGGUAUAUCUGCAUUCGGCUGAGAUCAACGAAUUCUGGAGUGCUCUUUUGGAAAAGGCGUACGCGAAGCUUCAUGGCUCGUACGAAGCUUUGAAAGGCGGAACCACCUGUGAGGCCAUGGAGGAUUUUACGGGUGGUGUGACGGAAAUGUAUCAAAUGGACCAAACCCCUCCAAAUCUAUUUAGUAUUUUGCUAAAAGCUUACGAAAGGAACUCGCUAAUGGGCUGUUCGAUAGAGCCUGAUCCAAAUAUAUUGGAAGCCGAGACGCCUCAAGGACUGAUCAGAGGCCAUGCUUACAGUAUUACACGUGUCAAAUAUGUGGAGAUUCAAACGCCAAACCAAUUUGGGAAAAUACCGCUACUUAGACUUAGAAAUCCAUGGGGUAACGAGGCAGAAUGGAACGGUCCGUGGAGCGAUCAAUCACCAGAGUGGAGAUUCAUUCCCGAUCAUGAGAAGGAAGAGCUAGGCUUGACCUUCGACAUGGAUGGUGAAUUUUGGAUGUCAUUCCAGGAUUUUACGCGAUAUUUUACGCAACUAGAAAUAUGUAACUUGAAUCCAGACUCGUUGACCGAAGACGAUCUAAAUGCUGGUAAAAAGAAAUGGGAGAUGAGCGUGUUCGAAGGGGAAUGGGUACGCGGUGUUACGGCAGGAGGAUGUAGGAACUUUUUAGAAACCUUCUGGCAUAAUCCGCAAUACCGAAUUACUCUCGAGUACCCAGAUGAAGAUGACGAUAAAUGUACAGUCAUUGUUGCGUUGAUGCAGAAAAAUAGGCGAGCACAGAGAAGAAUGGGUGCAGAAUGUCUGACAAUUGGAUUUGCCAUAUACCAUUUGGAGUAUCCCGAACGGUUACCCAAGCCAUUGGACAUUAAUUUCUUCAAAUACAACGCGUCGGUAGCAAGAUCGCCAGCAUUUAUAAAUUUACGAGAAGUAACGUGCCGUUUCAAAUUACCACCUGGUGCAUAUUGCAUAGUUCCAAGUACGUUUGACCCUAAUGAAGAGGGCGAAUUUUUGCUGAGAAUAUUCUCCGAAAAUAAGAACAAUAUGGAAGAAAAUGAUGAUGAAGUUGGUGUUGGAGAAAUUGAUGAUAGGGUCAUUAAUCCCAAAGGUGAUAACGUACACGAAGAUGGAGAUAAGGUUCGAGAAGAACCAGAUCCAGACCGUAAUGCAGACAAAGUUCGAGAAUUUUUCAAAAAGCUCGCUGGUGACGAUAUGGAAGUGGAUUGGAUGGAGCUAAAGGAAAUUUUAGAUUUUGCAAUGCGAAAAGAACUACCACAGUCGGCGCGUCGUAGUGAGGCACAUGCCCCUGAAACUGUACAAGGAAAUGGUUCGUUUAUCGACACUCUCAUCUCACUGCUGUGCGGCAUUGUUUGUAAUAAUGAACAGUACAGUAAGACUGUAGAAACGAAUGAUAAAGGAUUCAGUAAGGAUGUAUGCCGUAGUAUGGUGGCCAUGUUAGAUGUAGAUCACUCUGGAAAACUCGGAUUUGAAGAAUUUCGAACAUUAUGGAACGACAUAAGGAAAUGGAGGGCUGUGUUCAAAUUAUACGACAAAGACGAAUCGGGAUAUUUGAGUGCGUUUGAAUUGAGGCAAGCAUUAAAUAGCGCAGGCUAUCGACUCAAUAAUCACAUUUUAAAUAUCUUGGUACAUCGUUACGGAACGAAGGAUGGUAUGAUCACCUUCGAUGAUUACAUCAUGUGUGCAGUUCGACUCAAGACAAUGAUAGAUAUUUUCAGAGAACGAGAUCCAGACUUAACUAAUACGGCGACAUUCACAAUGGAAGAAUGGAUAGAGAAAACGUUAUACUCGUAAUCUAAUACGUGUAUCAAAAUCAUUGAUAAAGAUAAGGGAAUAUAAAUACGUUCGUAUCUUUUGUCAUGCUAUGUAUGUAUUAGGAAAUACUUGACGAUUCCAUCACGUUUUUCAUUUUGAGAAAUUGCUUUUUCUAUACUGCUGUUUUCCAGUUUGCUAAUUGUACAUUGAUUAAACAUAAAGUAAAAACGCAAGAUAUUUAUUGAAAGAAUAUUUGUUUAGAUAUAUGUUAUUAGUAAUGUUUCAUAAAUCUAAAUGUAUGACAUUUUAUAAAGUUUAUAUUAGUAUCACAAUUCCUUUCGAAAAGUGCAUAGAAAGGAAGAAAAACAUACAUACAAUUUUACUAUAUAUGAUAAAUAAUUUAUUCUUUGUAUUUUUGUCGAAACUAUUAUACAUGUAAAGAAAAUGUGCCUUAGUUAAUGUAUCGUUGUACCUAUAAAAUCUAAUUAUCUUAAAAUGAUAAUAAUUUAUUAUAUCGGAAACUAGUCUAUAUUUUAUACAUGCUUUAUCAUCUCCUUCUCGUUCAAUUAUCGAGUGUACGAAAAUUAUAAGAUCCAAAAAACUCUGUUUAUAUACUCCACACUGAAUAAAGUUUAAGAACUCUCUAUUUAGUGUAAGAAAUAUCUUUUUAUUUUCUUUCUUUCACAAUUAUUGUAAAAAAUUUCUUUGCCAUGUAUUUUUAUGAUAUAUAAAAAAAUAUUUUUACAAAGGAUAUUGUAAACAACAAAAAGUUUAAUAAGAUAAAUUAAACUUACGUAUUGUUGAAUUCAA